AUGGUUGAGGCUUCAGACUCGAGGAGCGCUGUGAUCCUUCUGUUCUUUCAAAAACCCUUCUCUUCCGGAAAAGCCAUCUCCAAACGCCAGAGCAAAGUGCAGUCGUGGUGGUCUCUGCUGCUGCCUCUGCUUACCAUUGUCUUCUGCGUGAUGAUCCUGGAGUUCUAUGCAGAGGCCAUGUGCAGCGCGAAGAUGGAGGCUCCGCGUGUGGCCCGAUGUGGUUCCGCGGCUCUGUUUGUGUCCGCACUGGUGCUGGCUCAUUUCUGGGACCGUCUGAGACCCCUCGGGACGACGCCCCCAGCUCAGAGCACAGAGCACGUGCUGUCUGGAGGAGUCAUUGUCAGCGCCACCUUCUUCAUUCUAGAUGUUGGUGAGGGUGGUGGAGGUGCAGAGGCGGACGGUCAGGGUCCUCAGAUGUUGGUGAGGGUGGUGGAGGUGCAGAAGCGGACGGUCAGGGUCCUCAGAUGUUGGUGA